AUGGAUUCUAAUUUGGAUUCAAAUAUCGAAGAAAACUAUAAUUUAAAAACUGAAAUUACAGAAGAAUUUUCAAAUUUAGAUGUUGAAGAAUAUAAUGAAUCAUGGUCUAACAAAGAUUCAGAUCUAAAUAUG